AUGUUGAAGUGUUUUGGUAGGUCGCAUUUGAGGCAUGUUAGGCUUCAAUCCACAUUAUCCUUAACAGGAUUCAAUAAUAAAGAAGUGUCGGUGAGCUUAAAUGGAAAGAGGGUCACUUUCAAAAACACAUUUCUUCGUGAUUCAUGUACUUCACCCGAGUCCAUUGACGUUUCAACAAGCCAAAAAUUGUUUACUACAGCAGAAGCAGCUAAUAAUCUUUCCAUCACGCAGGAACCCAAAAUUGUCGACAACAAGCUUACCAUCCAAUGGAGUAAUAACGGCAAACUUCUCAACUCAACUUACUCGGCAUCUUUCUUGGAGAAGUAUUCAACUCCAGCUGGACCAAGAAGGGACUUGUUUUUUGACAAUGACCGCACAUUGUGGAACCACAAGGAGCUCAUAUCCAACUUGGAUUCGUUGCAUCAUGAUUACGGCGCCUACUUGAAUGACGAAGAGACUUUUUUCAAAGCUGUUUUCAACAUGAACAAGUAUGGAAUAUGCUUCAUUGACAACAUUCCACGACCCACGUUGGACAAAAUGGAUGAAUCAAAUACACCACACUGGCCAGUAGCAAAAUUGGCUGAAAAAUUCGGAUACAUUCGCAAAACUUUUUACGGAUCCUUGUUUGAUGUCAAGAAUUUGAAAUCGGAAGCUAAGAACUUGGCAUACACAAACACAUUCUUACCCUUGCAUAUGGACUUGUUGUAUUACGAAUCACCCCCUGGUGUACAGAUGUUGCAUGCAAUUGACAAUUCUACUCAGGGUGGUGAAAAUAUCUUUUGUGACUCAUUCUUGGCUGCUGAACACGUACGUAAAGUUGACCCGCAAGCAUAUGCUGCUCUCACAAAGAUUCCAAUCACAUUUCAUUACGAUAACAACAACGAGUACUACUACUACAAGAGACCAUUGAUCAUUGAAGAUUCAGAAAUCACGGGCGGUUUCCCCAAAAUCCACGCAAUAAACUAUUCACCUCCAUUUCAAGGACCUUUUGAAGUUGGAAUCACAAAGGAUGAUCCAGCAUAUGACAUGUUUGACGAUUUCAUUCGUGGGUUCCAAUUGUUUGAAAAAUUCAUCAAUGAUCCCGCCAAUCAUUACGAGGUCAAGUUGCCCGAAGGAACCUGUGUGCUUUUCGAGAAUCGUCGUGUCCUACACUCGAGAAAUGAAUUCUCUGAUUCAAAUGGAGGUGAUCGUUGGCUAAUGGGCACUUAUGUUGACGGAGAUAGCCUACGUUCAAAACUACGUGUUGGAUAUCGUAAAUUCUAA